AUGUCAGCUGUUUUCUUUAAUUUAAAGAAAGAUAUUACACCUCAAGAAGAAUCUUAUCGUGAUUAUAUACGAUUGAAAGGUAAAAACAAGUAUAAAUUGAUUUUAACCGAGUAUUUGAUAACUUGGUUUCCAUUACAACAGAAAUCUGUAUUGAUAUAUGCUCGUGAACAUAUAUCGGGUGCGUUAACAAGAAAAUUUGGUGAAAUAUAUUUCAAUGGAUUAGAUGAAUAUUUAAAGGAUAAGCCAAGUUUUAGCAACAGACCUUUUGGUUCUUAUAUAGGUGGAUUACUUGAAGAAAAGGUUGUUAGUCAAGAAUCAAUUGAAUUUUUCAUAAAAGAAUUAAUAUCUAAAGUUAUUGAAGAAGAAAUCACUAUAGCAAAUAUUAGAUUAAAAUAUGAUAAACCAAUGGCAGAUGAAUAUAGACAACUUUUAAAAGAUUUAAAAAUAAAAGAAAUUCGUCAGAAAUUUUUAAUUUCAAAUAACAUUCAAGAAAAAAUUGGUUAUACAAUAUCAGAAAAUGAUUUUAAUACUUCAAUGUCAAAACUUGAUGGUUUAUUACCUGUGGGGUUUAAACCUAUUUUCAAAGUGAUUUUUUGUCCACCAAUGGAUGAUGAUCCAAACCAUAAUACUUAUGAUGUUCAAUGUAUUGUUAAUAAUGAAAUUAUUGGAUUUGGUGCACAUAUUAACUUACACAAGGCUAAACAUGCAGCUGCAUAUGAUGCGAUGGUUAAUAAUAGACCUAAAGUUGUUUAUUAUAUCAAAGCUUUACCGCCUACUGUGUCGGUGGAUGUCUUGUAA